UUUGAAUUUUUUGGUAUUAGUGUUAGUUUAGCAAUUUGGUGGGUAUUAUUCUUACGAUUAUAUUUCUAUGUCUGCCUCUCAAUGGAAGUGAUUCAAUUGUUAAGGAAGGUUAAAAGUUUGAAUGACUAUGCAUCCAUUACUCAGGAUAUGGCGAAGAAUAUUUCCAAUUUAAAAGUGCAGUUCAGUAUGACUACCGUGCUGGCAUUGAAAAAUAUUCGGUCCUACGAAUUAGAGUAUUUCAAAAAGUACAACCAAGGUGGUGCAGCAACCAUGAUGUUCGAACUGCUAUUAAGAUUACCACCUUCAAAAACAUGGAGUGUUAUGGGCAAAGAAUUAGUCAUUUUGAUCCAAUUUUGGCUGUACUCUAUAAAGAAUCACCUUAUUCCCAAUUAUACACAAUGGUGGAAAUUUUUAAGUGUAAUUUUGAGUUUUAUUCAGCAAUUAUAUUUAAAGCAUAAAUCCAUUAUCACCUGCCUGGUGGAGAAAACCGGUGAUUUCUUGCUGCAUUUGGCCACCAGGAGUGAACUUAGCAUUGAGCAACUAUACCAAAUACUUCAGUGCUUCAAUAAGUACUGCGGUUUAGCAAGUCGAGACUUGAGAUAUGCGCUAAAGGAAAAAUUUGAAAUAUACUUCAUACAACUGGCCUCUCGCCUCGCGACGUGCGACGAUGUAUGCGUGCAGUUCACCAUAUUAGAGACGCUGGUUCGUUGGCUGCUGCCACGACAGGACAGAAAUGUGCGAGCGGAGGCGGUCGCGCGCUGGUUCCCCAACACCCUGUAUAAUAACGAGGCGGUACAGGUGUUUGUGGAACAAUCCUGGCUGAACUUCUUCAGUGACGCACGAAGUUUUAUUAACGCACUCAACGCAUCAAACGAUUGCGUAGUUUCAGUUUUGUGCGAAAAGUUCUACGUGGGAACAGUUCCUAUUGUAACUGGUAAGCGCGAGCACUGGUUAGACUUUAACUGCGGCUCCAAACGCAUAACUCUGUUACUGGAAUCGACGCUGUACCGAGCGCUCAAGGUGCCCCACCCAAGCGUCGCGGAGUGCGCCGCUCUCUGCAUCACCGCAGACAACACGGAAACCGCCAAAAUGCACAGCGGGCCGCACGGGGUGUUAUUGUCGUUGAAAAUAAUCGACCCACUGAAAAUGUUCGCGUCGAAGAUUCUAGAGAACAACUACGGCGUGAACAUCGUCAUCAGCUCACAAAGCAACGUUCAAAAAGUCGAUAGUGCUAUGAGGAAUAUAUUCGAUAAGAAAUAUCAAUUACUCUCAGACACGGAACCGUCCUUAGAGGCCCUGGAGCUAUCUCAGAGGUCAGACAGAGAUAGACGCGACAGCUCUCGAUUCAUCGAUUACAUAUCAGAAGAAGAUACAAGAUUCUCCAAUCCACCAGAAAUUCUUCGUCGGAAACUAUUGGAGCAAAGGGCUUUAGCUUCGCAACAGUCGCCAUCUUCCGUAUCUACUUCAUCGCUCGUUUUGUUACGAGAAACACUCAAAGCCUUCCCAGAAUGCCAAUUUGACAAGGAAGUUGAAAGGGUUAGUGUGAGGCCACAACUGCAGAGUGUUACUGAAGUUACCGAGACGGAAGAACGUCAAAGCGAUUCAUCGCUAAGCACGGCCAAACUUAACCAUGACGGCGUAGGCCCUACCAGCAGCCAAAGUCGAAUGUCAAGUCAAAAAUCUGGCUUAUCACAGAACGUUGAAGAAAGAAAAUACGGAAACCGUACUUGCACUAUUUCACCUAACAAAAAUAAAGCACCUGCAAGUAUAAUAGAUUUGCUUGCCCAAGAAGCUUUACAGUAUUCACGGCUGGAAGAUACACUCAAUACUCGCGAUCAAAGCACUGAUGUUGUAGAUAAAACUUUUUCUGCUACUAAAACUAGAUCGAGACGAUGUGAUAAACGAGAGUACAAUCAUAAGCCGACGCUUAUAUGUGAUGAAACAACGGGUGAAUCGAGCACUGCCUUUGUUGAAAACACCCCCGCUGUGCAUGUUAAAACAGCAAAUAGAGUAUCAACAGUUACAUCCAGAGAUAAAGAUAAAACUAAAGAUUCGAAGGAUAGUGGUUUUGGACAGACUUUUGAUAACAAAACCAUUGAAACUUUUUUCUUCCAGCACUGUUCUGAAAAUAAACAUGGUGAUUUAAUAAUCAGUCCCACGUUAGCGGGAAGGUUAAUGGAUUCAAAUUUAGAGUCAUGUGAAUCAUUUUUUCUUUGUCCUCCUGUAAUCCAGGAUAAUAUAUUUAAUUUUAACUAUAUGGAAGUUAUAGAAUGCUUAAAUUCUCUGAUUGAUGUAGUCUGUGAUGAUUUGGAUAAGCAUGUAGAAUAUUUGAGCGAACAUUUAGAUAAAAACAACACAAAAAAUAAAGAUACAAUAGAAGCUGGCCUUUGUGAAGUACCUUUAGAAGUUGUUACAAAUAUACUUGAGGGGGGCAAAAAAAUACCUGCUAGAAAGAGCAAUAGAAAAACUAAGCCAUUGAAAGGAAUUAAAUUAAAAUUUAAAAACACUAAAAAACAACCUAAUAUGCCUAAGAGAAAUAACAAACUAGAUUUAAAAUUGCAAGAAAAAAAGACUGCGUCGGAAGAAAUUGUAAGCGGCUUGGACACAUCAGCUGAUAAUAUAAUCCCUGUUAUACCCGAAAGAAAAUCGACUGAUGAUGAGUUAAAAACUCCCUUUAGUAAAAGGAAACGUAAAUUGUAUUCAACAAAAGACGAAAAUUUAAUGAAUGCAAAAGUAGGAAUACACGUGUCCGAAACCUCAGAAGAUAACAGUGCUUUAACAGAAUGUAGAACAGCACACAUAUCUCCGGUUCCCACUGCGACUCCUUAUAAAGAGUUGGAGACAUUGCGCAAAAAUGCAGCAACGCGACAGUUGCGCAGACGAAAAGUACAAGUUUUAUCACCAAAAACCGUUGAAAGGAACAGUAUUUUCGAUCGACUCAAAAAUAGUGAUAAUAACGAAGUGCCAAUUGUGGUAGGGAAUAAGAAACCUGGUGAUAUCGGUGCCGUUUACGAAUUCACGUGCAGCAGUGAGGAUGAUGAGGAUUUCAAAAUUACAAAAGCGAUUACUCGUAAUGACUCGAAGAAAAUACGGUCUGGCCUAAAUAAAUCCAAGAUGGAUACCGUUCCAAAAGGUACUUCCAAAGAUACACCGACAGUUGCGAAACGAACACGUUCUAAAUCUAAACUGCAGAUUAGUAAAAAAAAUGUGUCACCCGAAGCUUCAAGAGAGUUGGUCGACGAGCGUAUGAGAGAGGCCACUGAAGUUUUAAACACUUCUUUAAUAAUAGAAUCUCGAGAAGAGGAUCUCAAUAUUGCACUCGAGCCUGCGCAUAAAAAGCCGAGAAUGGAAAUCGUUCCAGAUGAUAAAGAAUGUGAAAUAGCCACAGAUCCCAUGAAAAAGUCUGAUAAGCGAAAAGAGAAUGUAUCACAACGUUCAAAAGGAAAGAGAUCUAACAACAAAAAAAAGCUAGUAAAUGCUAAGAAAAUGGAUGAUGAUACUAAAACUAUCAGUCCUUUGCCAGGGCUUGAGAUCGAAACGGCACAAAAAAUGGUUGAAGCUGAUAAUUCUAUUCUAAUGUUGGAAAGAUUGAACGAUAAAUAUGAAGGCAACUUAGACGUAAUAGAUCUUACUCAAAAUUUACUGUCCGAAUCGGAACACGUGACCAAUAGCCCGCCCGUAUUGGACAUUAUCGAUGACGAGUUUAACAAAACGGUCAAUAUUAAAAAUAGAUUAAAAUGUGGAAUAAAUAAUACACCAACCGGGUCUGAUCGACUUUGUGACGAAAGAUUAUCGUCUUGUUCUAAUGUAUCUGUAAACAAAGAAAUGGUUGUCGUAGUAGACAAGCUGGAUAUACAUUCCGCAAAAUCAAUACUAACAACUGGAAGUAGCCCAAUAACAGCUCACGGAGUGCUCGACGAAACUCCACCGCAAUUAAACGAGAUCCAUAGACGAAUCAAUCCGCGGAGCUUAGAAACACAAGACUUCAGCGAAGACGUGAUCGAUUACUAUAACAAACUCACCGAUGAUCUUCACGCAUCAAAACAUAACCGUGGUAGACGAUUCGACAGUAAUAAAUCACAAGAAAGUAAAGCAGCUAUACCUUUAAGGGAUUACAAUACUCGAAGUUCCAAUAACUUACAAGAAAGCGGGAAUUCUAAUAAAACUGAGAGUGUUUCCGAAACUUCGCCGCAGAAACAUAGCAAAAUCAUAACAGCGAGAUCAUCUUCUGUUUCUAUUACCAGACUGUCGCAAAAAGAAAUCGAUAGAUACAUAUCCACUCACGAUAACUCAUCACUCUCUGUUUCAAUUACUAGAUUAUCGCAAAAAGAAAUCGAUAGAUACGUAAGUUCUUGUAAUUCAGCAUCACUGUAUUCCAAGAGCGAGGAAUCGGUACCGAGCCCCAAAGAUCAUAAAAUCAACGAGAAAAAUGCAAAGAAAGUCCGCAAGUCGACUAUCUCGCCGAUAAUUCUCAAAGAUUUCAAUAUCAAAGAGAAAUCUAUGUCGUCGGCAGAGGAGAAUCCUUCGAAAACUGCAGACACUUCUACAACUAGAAAAGUGCGAAGGGACGACCAAAUUGCGACUAUAUCUGUAGCAGAGAACAAAAAGUCCGAAACCAAUAAUAAAUCAAUGACUGAAAUGAACGAUAUUCAGCCCAGUAGCUCGAGCGUCGAUAAAUGGUUAUACAGAAAUGAGCGUCAUAAACAAAGUAACACAGAAGAAGCAACUCUAAAAGAAGUUCUCUUAACUGUUCAAGAAAAAUUGGAUACUACGUUACAUGAAAUUCACCUCAACGCGAGCAAAUCGUUGAUAAAGAUGUUAGCACAAACUCACUCUGAGCUGAACAGUCUGAGUGCGGAGCGUGAGGAGCUAUUCCAGCGGACGGUCGAGGAACUGGACGGCAUCAUCAACGGCAAGUUCGCGAUGGUGGAUAGCACAUUGAAAGAGAAAAACGAAAAAUUCAUGGCCGAUUUUAAAGCGAUUACCCGCAAAAUCAUAGUCGAAGAGGCACGGAAGAAAAGCGAUUUUGUGAAGCUGUUGAAGGAAGACAUUCAAGCUGCCCUAAAUCCCACCAUCAGAUGCGAUGAUGGUGAUGGUGAUAGCGAUGAUUAAAUUUAUUGUAAUGUAUGUAAUACCGUCGUAUGUCGUACUGAUAUUGUAGUAGAGAUUUUAGUGACUACCGCCGUGCUUAUACUGUCGCCGAGGAGCAUUGUUCUGUACCGAUGUGAAGGGCGUAGUUGCUGGU